AUGAACAGGUUAUAUUCAGUUUCUUUCGAAGUAAUUGUUGUUAAAAAUAAACCAACAUUAACUAUUACAACACAAAAUAAACAAGAAAUAUAUAAAUGUCCAAAUGAUAUCAGUUUUCAUGUUGAAGGUCAAGUUGUUGAUUUAGAUCAUACAGGCGCAUUUUCAUUAUAUUAUAUUAUUGAUAGUUCUAAUGCAAUCAAAUAUCAAAACACAUUCAUUAUCAGUUCAUCACCAACAUCGAUUGACAUUUAUAUUCCUAUUUCACGAAAUAUUAAUGAAGGUACACAUAAUAUUAUUUUUUAUGUUAUUGAUGAAAGUUCAGAACGAUCUAAUGAAGUUAAUAUUGAAUUCACAUACAUUUCACACAAACCAACAUUAUAUAUCACAACACCAGACAAUCAACAACUUCGAAAGAAUACAAACACAUUCAUAUUGAUUGAAGGACAAGUUGAAGAUUUAGAUGGCAGUGGAACAGUUACAAUUUAUUAUAAUCUUGACAAUACAAACGAAAAACAGUUAACAUCAUUAACAAUUUCAUCAACAUCAAAACAAAAUUUUGCAAACAAAAUUGAUUUUCCAACAAACUUUUUUGAAGGUACACACAAUAUCAAACUUUAUUGUAUCGAUGAACAAAAUAAGAAAUCUAAUGAAAUAACAAUCAAAUUCACUUUUAAUUACAAUGCACCAACACUAUUUAUCACAACAUCAGACAAUCAAGUUUUCAAGAAGAAUGAUGGUCAAUCAUUUAUUAUUUCCGGAAGUGUUCAAGAUUUAGAUGGCAGUGGAACAGUUACAAUUUAUUAUCAGUUUGAUGGACAAAAUCAAGCUGUUGCACAAACACAAACUAUUUCACAAACAACAUCUUAUCCUGUUUAUAAAAUUAUUGAAUUUCCAUCAAAUUUCCCAGAAAGUAACAGUCAUUACAUCAAUAUCUGGGCAACAGAUGAAGCAAAUAAAAAUUCUCUAACAAUUACAAAAAAAUUUUUCAUAUCUUUAUAA